AUGAAGAGGGUUCGCUUAAUCCUACACAGAACUUACUGCACAGCCACUAGAGUCAAUCUCAAUCACAGCUUUCAAAUCUCUCGUCUCUCAAAGCUCGGCCAAAUCAAUGAAGCAAGAAAGUGUUUCGAUUCCUUACGCUUCAAAGCAAUCGGUUCUUGGAACUCCAUCGUCUCCGGCUACUUCGCAAACGGCAACCCCAAAGAAGCACGCAAACUGUUCGACGAAAUGCCCGAGAGAAACAUCGUUUCUUGGAACGGGUUAGUCUCAGGGUACAUCAAGAACAGAAUGAUCAACGAAGCGAGAGAAGCCUUCGAGACGAUGCCGGAGCGUAACGUCGUCUCGUGGACGGCGAUGGUGAAAGGUUACGUGCAAGAAGGUAUGGUUGAUGAAGCAGAGUUCUUGUUCUGGACAAUGCCUGAGAAGAACGAGGUUUCUUGGACUGUGAUGUUCGGCGGUUUGAUCGACGACGGGCGUGUGGACGACGCGCGUAAGCUCUACGACAUGAUGCCUGUGAAAGACGUUGUGGCGAGCACCAACAUGAUUGGUGGGUUGUGUAGAGAAGGAAGAGUCGAUGAGGCGAGAGAGAUUUUCGACGGGAUGAGAGAUCGGAACGUGGUGACGUGGACAUCGAUGAUUACCGGUUACGGACAGAACAACCGUGUGGAUGUUGGUCGGAAGCUGUUUGAAGUGAUGCCGGAGAAGAAGAGUGAAGUUACUUGGACGUCAAUGCUUUUAGGGUAUACGUUGAGUGGGAGAGUUGAGGAAGCUGAGGAGUUUUUUGAGUCGAUGCCGGUUAAGCCGGUUAUCGCUUGUAACGCGAUGAUUGUUGGGUUUGGAGAGCAAGGAGAGAUAGAGAAAGCGAGGAAGGUUUUUGAUGAGAUGGAAGAGAGAGAUAACGUGACGUGGAAGGUGAUGAUUAAGGCUUAUGAAAGGAAAGGUUUUGAAUUGGAAGCUCUUGAUUUGUUUGGUGAGAUGCAGAGAGAUGGAGUUAAACCGAGUUUUCCUUCUCUGAUCAGUGUUCUUUCGGUUUGUGGGAGCUUGGCGAGUCUGCAACACGGUAGAGAGGUCCAUGCACAUUUGGUGAGAUGUCAGUUUGAUGUUGAUGUUUAUGUCGCCUCUGUUUUGAUGACAAUGUAUGUGAAAUGUGGUGAGCUUGUGAAGGCGAAGCUGGUGUUUGACCGGUUUGGUUCGAAGGAUGUUAUCAUGUGGAACUCGAUUAUUUCCGGUUAUGCUUCUCACGGUUUAGGAGAGGAGGCUCUUAAGGUGUUUAACGAGAUGGCGUUGUCUGGUACAAUGCCAAAUAAAGUCACUUUGAUUGCGAUUCUAACGGCGUGUAGCUAUGCUGGGAAGGUAGAGGAAGGGAUUGAGAUAUUUGAGUCGAUGGAGUCUAGGUUUUGCGUUGAGCCAGCUGUUGAGCAUUAUUCUUGCACUGUGGAUAUGCUUGGGCGUGCAGGAAGGAUAGAUGAGGCGAUGAAGGUGAUAGAAAGCAUGACGGUGAAGCCAGAUGCUACGGUUUGGGGUUCUCUGUUGGGAGCUUGUAGGACUCACUCGAGGUUGGAUUUGGCUGAAGUCGCUGCGAAGAAGCUGUUCGAGAUCGAACCGGAGAACGCUGGUCCGUAUGUUUUGCUGUCAAGCAUAAACGCGUCUAGAGGUAAGUGGGGGAAUGUUGCAGAGCUGAGGAAGACGAUGAGGACGAAGAAUGUUAACAAGUUCCCUGGCUCAAGCUGGAUUGAGAUAGAGAAGAAAGUGCAUAUGUUCACUCGUGGAGGUAUCAGAAACCAUCCGGAGGAAGAGAUGAUAUCGAUGGUGUUGGAGAAGACAGAUGGGUUGCUGAGAGAAGCUGGUUAUAGUCCUGAUUGUAGCAAUGUGUUGCAUGAUGUGGACGAGGAAGAGAAAGUUGAUAACUUGAGGUGUCAUAGUGAGAGACUCGCUGUGGCUUAUGGACUGUUGAAGCUGCCUGAAGGAGUUCCGAUUCGGGUUAUUAAGAACCUUAGAGUCUGUGGAGAUUGUCACGUUGCGAUUAAACUGAUAUCUAAGGUCACGGAGAGAGAGAUCAUUCUUAGAGAUGCAAACAGGUUCCAUCAUUUCAAAAACGGAGAGUGUUCUUGUAGAGAUUAUUGGUAG